CUCAUGUCAGCGCCCAGCCAAUCAGGAUCAACGACGCGAGGCUCGAGCGCCACCCCGCCACCCGCCUAUCGUUCCUACGGCCCUCCUCCUCCUCAACUGCUCUUAGGCCCGCCCGCUCCGCCUGCGUGCCUCGAGAGCUGGCGCCGGCGAUUCGUGUUGCCUAGGAAACGGGUCGCCGCCGCUUGCUGCUUGACGCUGCCGCCGACUCUAGACCCCUGGCCGGGUUUAGAGUCGAGGGAGGUGCUGGUGGUUCGGAGGUUGGGAUGAGGCGGCCAAGGGAGGAAGGAGGAGGACCCGGAGGGGGCGGCCCCGGAGCCUCCGCAGGCGGCCAGCAGCUCAGCGGACUCUUGUAAGAAUGGCAGCAUUAUUCCCUUCACUACGACGUUAUUUCCGGAUAGUGUGGUUAUAAUACUGGAAAAGAAGACUGAUGACUUAAGCAAGUACUAUGACAGAUUACUCGCCCAUGUAACAGCAACAUUCUCAAAAGUCCCUGCUUGAAAAAGAAGCAGCUUUAGCAUUUUAAAGGAUUUGGCUAACCUGUUUUUACAAAAUGAAUCGCUACACAACCAUGAAGCAACUUGGGGAUGGAACAUACGGCAGUGUACUGAUGGGGAAGAGCAAUGAAUCAGGGGAGCUUGUGGCCAUCAAAAGAAUGAAAAGAAAGUUCUACUCUUGGGAUGAGUGUAUGAAUCUUAGAGAAGUCAAGUCUCUGAAAAAACUUAAUCAUGCCAAUGUGAUAAAGCUGAAAGAAGUUAUUCGAGAAAAUGACCAUCUUUAUUUCGUGUUUGAAUAUAUGAAGGAAAAUCUCUAUCAGCUAAUGAAAGACAGAAAUAAGUUGUUCCCUGAGUCUGUCAUCAGGAACAUUAUGUACCAGAUAUUACAAGGGUUAGCUUUCAUCCAUAAACACGGUUUUUUCCACCGGGAUAUGAAACCUGAAAACCUUCUCUGUAUGGGCCCUGAACUUGUUAAAAUAGCUGACUUUGGACUGGCUAGAGAACUUAGAUCUCAGCCUCCAUAUACUGAUUAUGUUUCUACCAGAUGGUACCGUGCACCUGAGGUUUUACUGCGAUCCUCUGUUUAUAGUUCUCCUAUUGACAUAUGGGCUGUUGGUAGCAUAAUGGCUGAACUAUACACACUAAGACCACUUUUUCCAGGAACAAGUGAAGUUGAUGAAAUCUUCAAAAUUUGCCAGGUGUUAGGCACUCCAAAGAAGAAUGAUUGGCCAGAAGGAUACCAACUUGCCACUGCAAUGAAUUUUCGCUUCCCUCAAUGUGUCUCCCUAAACUUAAAGACUCUCAUUCCAAAUGCCAGUAAUGAGGCAAUACAGCUUAUGUGUGAUAUGCUGAACUGGGAUCCAAAGAAACGACCUACAGCAAGUCAGGCAUUGAAGUAUCCUUACUUUCAAGUGGGCCAAGUUUUAGGACCACCUCCACAAUAUUUGGAUCAGAAACAGUCUCAUCCCAAAUCAAUUCAAGCAGCAGAUCCAAAGCCGUCUCUAUCCAAGCUGGACCCUGUAUCAAAAUUAGAACCCGUAUCUAAGCCAGAAUCUCAGUCUUCACCAGAUGCGCUUGAUAAGUUUCAGCUGCAGUGUGUAUCAAAGAAUAGCCAGCAGCCCCUCCAGGCAAUUCAAUUGCCACAGAAUGCAGCCAAUCAUCAACCAUCAAAGCAGCAGCAGCAAUCAUUCCUUCCAGCCAUCAAUAAAAAUUCAACACCAAAGCAGAUAGCCAUAGGACCGUCAAAUGGCGCAGUAGGCCUAAAAAACUGUCGGCGCCGAUGGGGGCAGACUAUGUUACAGGCGAUGGAUAGCUGGGACAAUUUGGAUGACUCCGAAUUUGGGAUUUCGUAUUCUAAGAAGCCUAGCAUCACCAUGUUAAGUGAAAAGAAAACAAAGGAAUCUCUUUUUAGUGUUCCUGGGUGUAUGUCCCCCAGAUCUGGCCAAUCAGGAGAAAACAAAGUUCUGAAGAGAAAUGACUCUGGAAUAUCAACGACUUCAGCAAAACAGUACUACUUAAAACAGUCAAGAUACCUACCUGGUGUAAACCCUAAGAAUGUCUCCUCAGGAGCAGCCGGUAAAGAAGGAUCCCACGGUAACUGGAAUAAUUCCCUGUUUUCAAAGCCGAUGGCACCAAUUGGAGGACUGUCUUUCAGCAGAGUCAGUGCAGAAGAAAACUUAAUUAAACCAAUUGAAAAACUGUCAUGCAAAGAAAGAGUGAAUGAAAAAUUAGAGGACCCAAAAGGAAAUCCUGGCUUUGUAGGAGCUGCUUACAAUACCACUGGAUAUAUCCCUUCCUUUCACAAAAAGGAGGUUGGUUCAGCUGGUCAAAGGAUACAACUAGCACCUCUUGGUCCAUCAGCGACUGAAUAUGCAGAAUAUGCUUGGAAAACGAAAGCUGCUCGUUCUCAGUUACCAGGGCCGACAUACAACCCAGCAGCGAAAGGCAUGAACAUUUUAACUCGCCCACCUCCAGUGCAACCCAUCCAUGGAAGGACCGACUGGGUGGCCAAAUAUGGCGGGCAUCGAUAGGAGGGCUUGCUCCCACUAUGUAUGCUUUACUGUGACUGUUAUACACUUCCCUUCAUUUACUUCCGGGACGCUUUAAAGCACGUUUCUACUAAUAGAAUAUCAACUCUGGAAAGAACCGAGAGCCUGUAUUUUAUUACCUCUAGGGGGGAAAAAAUAAAAUAAAUACAUUUUACUUAGAA